AUGUCGGAAGACGAGGCUCCGGAGGUCGACGUGGAGGCCGCUAUGCGGGAGGCUAUGGGGUUCAGUUCCUUCGCGGUCCGACGUCCCAAGGAGCAAAGCGACACACAAUCUCAGGAUACGUUCGCGCCUUCCAGCAUGUCCGCAUCCGGCUCGAAUCAAGUCCCUCUUGGGGAACCCAGGGUGUUCAACGAACCCACCACUGAGACCUCACUUCAAUCCCAACCCAACCAAAUGUCAUUCACACCGCAACCUCCCUCCUACGCGUUCACAUCACCCAUCAGCAACACCUACUACACCAGGACCGACCUCGAAGAAUGGGCACGCGGCAAAGUCAACGCGAACGGAGACACCGUAUUCUUCAAGCCAGGGUUCGUAUCUGACGAUCCCUGGGCCAGACUCCGGGACAAGAACGGCAAUGACCUGGGAAAGACGAAGUGA